AUGAAAUUCCUAGCAUGGAACAAUUCAUGGACUUCCUGGAAACAAGAUGCUCUUUUCUUAGCGCUUUAUCUCGCACAGCCUCAAUCAAUAUAUCAAAUAAUACACAGUCAUUCGAAACAGCAGUCAGUAAAGCAAUCAUCUAAGCAAUUUCAAGCUCAUGUCGGAACAGAAAACUCAACAUGUCCAAUCUGUCAGAACACGCAUAAAAUAUUUCAAUGUCUCAUAUUUCGUGACAUGUCAGUGCAGGCUCGCCUAGAAAAGGUCAAGAGCAGUAGAUUGUGCUACAAUUGUUUGAAGCCAUUCCAUGGAAAGAAAUGUACUUACGGAUCAUGUAAAAAAUGUUAUAAACAUCACAACACUUUGCUACACAAUGACAAAACUGCUGAUUCGAAUACUCUCCCGUUAGAAGCAGAUAAAGGCAGCAGCACUGCCAAACAAAAUGUUUUAAGUAGCGUAGGCGCGAAAUCUGAUAAGGCGGACGGACCGAAAGACGAUUCGUAUAGCGUUAAUAAUUUUUUAUCUUCAUAUCAUACGCGACACUCAACCUUAACCGUCUUGUUGUCGAUAGCAGUAGUACACGUACGUGAUCGUCACAGAAAUUUACGCGAAUGCAGAGCCUUGCUAGAUUCCGGAUUGCAACCUAAUUUUAUAUCACAAGAGCUAAGUGAGUGUUUAGAAUUACCUCAACAAAACACCGAUGUCAUAGUCAGGGGAGUCAAUAACGUCUCAUCCACGCCUCAAUACGAAACUACUGCCACAAUAUGUUCUAGAUUCAAUAAGUAUCAGGAAACGUUAUCCUUCUUAGUAGUCGAUAAGGUCACCGGUAAUCUACCACCAAUAUCCAUAAAUGUCAACUCAUUUCAAAUACCGUCUAAUAUCAAAUUAGCUGAUCCAGCUUUCCAUACCCCAGGUAAAAUAGAUCUAAUUCUAGGCUCAGAAGUCUUUUGGAGGAUGUAUCAGGCAUGGCAAGAUCUCGCUCAUCAAUCUAGACCCGUUGUGCGAAGUCAUCUUGCUCAUUGUGAGGACUUGCAACAACAAGUAGGAAAAUUCUGGCAACUCGAGGAGUUACCGCCGACUCAACACCUGAUAACAGAAGAGCAAACAUGCGAGAAACACUUCAGCGAAACACACUUGCGAGCAGAGGAUGGAAGAUUCAUCGUGCAGCUUCCUCUGAAAGGAACUCAUAUGCAACUAGGCGACUCCUACGACGCUGCAAAGCGCAGACUCAUCACGUUAGAGAGAAGGUUGUCAAAACAGCCAGAAUUAAAACUCCAAUACGAUUCUUUCAUGCAGAAAUAUAUAGACCUCGGACAUAUGAAGCAUGUACCCGCCAGUUCACAAGAACCAGAGGACGAUUACAGAACAUAUUAUGCCGUCAUUACCACAUCAUGCUGUUCUCAAGCCAGACAGUUUGAUCCAAUCGAGGAAAUACAGACAUAUGAGCUUCAAACAGUCACUUAUGAAGAAGCUUGCUCGGCAUUCUUAGCCAUUCGUUGUCUUCAUCAAGCAGCAGAGGACUCACAGCAUCAGUUCCCGAGAGCUGCCGAAAUCAUUAAGAGCGACUUCUAUGUAGACAACCUUCUGACAGGUGAUGACAAUAUUAAUAACCUGCAGGAAAUAAGGAAGGAAGUCACAGCGAUUCUGCAAUCAGCGAAAUUUGAGCUGCACAAAUGGAAAUCAAAUUGCACGUUCUUAGAUAAUGUGAACAGAGGGGAAGCCACCUUCGAGCUAUGCGGUAGCACAAAAAUUCUUGGUCAGUUAUGGGAUACCCAACUUGACACUUUUCACUAUACAGCCGCACUAUCGGAGAAACUGCGAAGGUUAACCAAAAGACAGGUUUUAUCUUACACCUCUCAAAUUUUUGACCCACUCGGUCUAAUAGAGCCAGUCAUCACACAAGCCAAGAUACUCCUACAGCGGAUAUGGCAAGCGAAAUUAGCUUGGGACGAAUCAUUGCCUUCCCAGCUUCAUACACAAUGGACCGCAUGGUACGGGAAAAUAUCAUGUCUUAAUCAUUUGAGGAUACCUCGACGCGUUCUUUGCGACAAUCCAGUGCGUGUAGAAUUACACGGAUUUUGUGACGCAUCUGAGCAAGCCUACGGCGCCUGCACCUACAUCAGAAGUACAGAUUCAAAUCAGUGUCAUCAUGUCCGGCUGCUGUGUACCAAGUCACGCGUGGCUCCUUUAAAAACCGUAUCAUUGCCAAGGCUUGAGCUCUACGCCGCUCUACUGCUAUCACGGCUAUAUCAGCGGGUAAUCGAAUCGUUAAACCUAAACUUGGAUAAUACUCAUUUUUGGAGCGACUCCAUCAUAACAUUGUCUUGGAUUGCUGGAGAACCAAGCAGAUGGGCAACCUUUGUCGCAAAUCGUACAGCUGAAAUUCAGGAGUUAUCAACAAAUGCAAAAUGGCACCACAUUCGCUCAGAACUGAAUCCAGCCGAUUUUAUCUCAAGAGGAAUGAAUCCAGACGAAAUUCAAAAUUGCAAUCUUUGGUGGAAAGGACCUUCUAUCCUGUAUGACAACUACGACGAAGCCAUAUAUAAUUCUCCGCAAUUGCUUCGACCAGAAGAAACGCCUGAGAUUAAGCGUCAAGUCAUCGUUUCAUUUGUCGCUCCAGAAGAAAGAAUAGACAUUAUCAGCAGAUUUUCUUCUUUGAGCAGACUAAGGCGAACCGUUGCAUAUUGCUUUCGCUUCGCGUACAAUUCAAAACACAAGACCCAACAAGGAGAACUCAAAUUUACAGGACCGUUACAAGUCCAGGAACUUGAGCGCAGCAUGCAAGCACUUCUACUUAUGGCCCAAGGAGACGAAUUCAAUGAAGAAAUCCACCAACUAACUCAGAAGCGUGAAAUAUCAUCCAAGAGUAAAAUACUUUCUCUUUCAUCCUUUAUUGACACCAAUGGAUUACUAAGGGUUGGAGGACGGUUACAGGAAGCUUCACUAGAUUAUCAUCAGAAGCACCCUAUAAUUCUACCAAAAAAGCAUCAUUUCACUAGCUUAAUCAUAAUGCAAGAGCAUUUAAAAAACAUGCACGCGGGACCACAGGCUCUGCUAUCUAUAAUACGAGAAAUACUGGCCUUUGUCAGGACGAAGCGUUUUGGCUCGACCUUACUAACAUUUGAAGAAUUGAGUACCGUAAUAGCUCAGGUAGAAACCAUACUAAAUUCGAGACCAUUAACGCCGAUGUCUACGGAUCCUAGUGAUUUACAGGCUUUAACCUCGGGUCACUUUUUGAUCGGGCGUCCACUCGUUGCAAUCACUGAGGCCGACCUCACAGACAUUAGUACAAACCGUCUUUAUCGCUAUCAGCUUUUAGAACGCAUGAAGCAAACUUUUUGGAAGCGAUGGUCAAGCGAAUAUUUAACUCAGCUUCAGCAACGAAACAAGUGGAAAAGAGUUCAAGUUACAAUAAAGAUUGGAACCGUAGUCGUAUUACGAAAUGCCAAUACCCCGCUGAUGAAUUGGCGAAUUGGGAAGAGUAGUAGCAUUGCAUUCUGGAAAAGAUGA